AUGGACAACUCGCACGUGGCGCUGGUGUCCAUGCUGCUCCGCGCCGAGGGCUUCUCGCCCUACCGCUGCGACCGCAACAUCGCCCUCGGCAUCAACCUGCUCUCCCUGACCAAGGUUCUGCGUGCCGCCCAGAAUGAAGACAUCCUCACCCUCAAGGCUGAGGACUCGCCCGAUGCCGUUAACCUUAUGUUUGAGAGCGCCGAGACCGACCGGCUAAGCGAGUACGACAUCAAGCUCAUGGACAUUGACCAGGAGCACCUGGCUAUUCCCGAGACCGAGUAUGCCGCCACCGUGGAGAUGCCUGCCAUGGAGUUCCAGCGCAUCUGCCGUGACCUGAACCAGCUGUCUGAGUCCGUGGUCAUCGAGGCCAGCAAGGAAGGCGUCAAGUUUUCGUGCCAGGGUGACAUUGGCAAUGGCUCCGUCACCAUCCGCCAGCACACCAACGUCGACAAGCCCGACCAGAACGUCGCCAUCUCCCUCUCCGAGCCCGUCGCCCUGACCUUCUCCCUCAAGUACCUCGUCAACUUCUGCAAGGCCUCCAACCUGUCCUCCUCGGUAACGCUGCACCUGUCUCAGGAGGUGCCGCUGCUGGUCGAGUAUGGUCUGGGAAGCGGCCACCUGCGGUUCUACCUGGCUCCUAAGAUCGGAGACGAGGAGUAA